UGUAAGGCUGACUUUAGGCAGAGAGUGCCGCUGCUUCUGUAGAAGCGUAAUCAGUAUACGAGUACUAUACUCGUAUACUCGGAGUAUAUAACUAUCAUAUGGAUCCAUCUUGGUAUUUCCUAUCGCUGAUUUCAUUACUGCGAGUGUUUGAGUGGUUGCUCAUCGUCCAAAUAGAUCCUGUCAGAGCACUGGAAUCGUAUGCGCCAUCCAGCCAAAAAGCAUGCGAAACACCACAAUGCAGGAAAACUGCCUCGAAAUUUUUGGAUCGUAUAAAUACGUCCGUUGAUCCGUGUGAGGAUUUUUACUUCUACGCCUGUGGAAACUGGUUAAACGCGCAUCCCAUUCCCGACAACGAAACCACCGUUGACGAAUUCUACUACUUGCAAAAAGCCAUUAAAGAAACCGGGCAGCAGCUGCUAAACAACGAAACCAAUCAAAUGUUUCCAUCAGAAGCCAAACUGAAGGAUUUAUACCGGCAGUGCAAAGACGAAGAUCAAACUGCACGCGUUGGCAUCAAGCCACUACUGGACUUUCUCGAUACGCACAUUGGUGGAUGGCCAAUUAUCACUCCCAACUGGAAUGCUUCCCGAUUCGAUAUUUUCAGCGCUCUGGUCUGGUUUUAUUUUACGGGCAGUGAGCCGUUCUUCCACAUGCAAGUAACAAAGGAUCUGGUCGACCCGCUGGUCAAUGUAAUCGUUGUCGAACCAGGCGAUACUUAUGCAGGAGUCGAUAUUUUGACCAAUAACAUCACAGGGAAACUCUAUACAGAAAGCUACCAGCAGCUUUUAUCGAACGUUACCGCACUGCUGUUGCGAGACACGAAUCUAAGCCAAUCCGAAAUUGAUGUCGCCAGUAUAAAAGAAAUUGUGGAUUUUCAACAUUAUCUCGGAAUGGAAAAACUAACAACGGUAGAAUCAAUGAACGAUUCCCUGUUUUUGAACAAAGUGCCGCUAUCCGACUUUGGCGAGAAAUUCUGUCUUAAUUCCUCUAUUCUGCGAAAUAUCCCAAUGUAUAUUGCUGCGUAUUUCACCGAAACAAACGUUACGAAUACAAUCUCCGCAAACAACACCCUGGUUGUUCCAAAUGAGAAAUUCUGGCCGAAACUUAACAUUCGAUUGGCUGAGUGGGAAUCUGGCGGCGAUGCCGGUUUGAAGCAAAUUGCCAACUAUAUCGGAUGGAGCGUAAUAUCCCGUGCGUUAGACUACUUACCGGUAGAUUACCGGUUUGCCUUGGCGGAGUACAACCAGAAGAUAUCUGGCAAAACAGCGCCAGAUAACCCGCCCGCUGGAGAACGCUGCUUAACGGUUGUCACCGGAGCCAUGCCGCUAGCGAUCGGUGCAGUGUAUGUGCGGGACACUCUUCCUAAGCAACUCAAAGAAAAAGCAACAAACAUGGUCAGUGACAUCCAAUAUGGAUUUCGAGAGUUGUUGAGUUCGGCCAGUUGGAUGGACAACGCAACUCGAGAAGCUGCUAUUAAGAAACUUGGGGCGAUGAUUGAUGUAGCGGCGUACCCAGAUAUCUUAAUCAGCAACAUCUUCCUGAUUGAUGCGGAAUAUGCUGACGUCGUCAUUCAUGAAAACUAUGUACAAACCAUGUGGCAAGUUUCUCGAAACGCUAAAUAUCGCGAGCUGCAACGAUAUCCAAGGAACAAUCCACGAUAUGACCCAGUACGAGACACUUUGGACGUCACUUGGGUCAAUUCGUACUAUGAACAAGCCAACAACGUCCUAAAUGUAAACGCCGCCAUCCUGCAGCCACCAUUUUAUGACACCGAGAGUCCCCAGUAUUACAACUACGGCGGUAUUGGAACGGUAAUUGGGCAUGAAACCACCCAUGGAUUCGAUAGCCUCGGGUCUAAUUAUAACGACCAGGGAGCGAGAAAAUCUUGGUGGUCGAACGCGACACGGGCAGCGUUUGACGAGCGAACGCACGGUAUGGUGGCGCAGUACGACAACUACAACAUUGCUGUCGGAAAGGUCAAUGGCCAGCUGACGCUGACAGAAAAUAUCGCUGAUAAUGGUGGAAUCAGAGCGGCUUACAAAGGAUAUCUUCGGCACUUGGACUUGUCAUCGCGGCAAGAGACGUCGAUUGCUGGACUGGAAAAGUAUUCUUUUGAACAGCUGUUCUUCUUGUCGGCUGCCCAGGUCUGGUGUCAAAAUAUACGACCGGAGACUGCUCGGACCAAAUUACUAACGGACGUUCAUUCACCGGCGCAGUGGAGGGUCAACGGCAUGAUGUCGAAUAUGGAGGAGUUCGCUAAAGCUUUCAGUUGUUCUUCCGGUGCAAGAAUGAACCCAGAGAGCAAACGAAUCGUCUGGUAGUCUCUAAAGCCCUGACAUAGAUUACUUUAUAUUGUCUAAUGUCUGGUUGGUUUGCAUUGCAUCUUUGCUUCUUUUCAGCAAAUUGCUGUUUACGCUGCGCCACUCGCAGGGUGGUUUUAAUCCUUAACUUACCGCCAAUCGAUACUGCUUGUACGAUUGCGGUUAGAAAUCUAGCUCGUAUAUUUAUUGGGUCGUAGUAGCAGAGGAUGUUAGAAUGAUAAAGACAGCGCGCAACAA